AUGGUUCCUAAAGGAAUCCGUGUCUUCCAUAAUUUGAAAUGUCUUGAUGUUGAAUCAUGUACCAGGUUGAAGUACUUAUUCCCGACUUCUAUGAUUAACUCGUUUAUGGCUUUAGAAACUCUGUGUGUCAGUUUUUGUGGCGAAAUUGAAGAAGUCUUUGGAAGAGAAAAAGAAGAAGUGGUUAAAGAAGGAAUGACUAGCAAUAUUGUGUUCCAUGAAUUGAGGCGUAUAGAACUAAUCGGACUUCCAAGAUUCAAAAUGUUUUGCUCUCAUAAUUAUGAAGAUGUGCUCCCUUCACUUGAUCUAUUGAGAAUUGAAGAUUGCCCUAUGAUGACAAAAUUUUGUUCGGGACAGCUAAAUGCACCGAAGCUUAAGUACAGAUAG